CGAGAAUUGCUUCCCGGAAGUUCCACGUCAGUCAGUCGGCUGGUCCGCGGGUCGGUGGGCCGUUCAGGGACUGCGUCGCCGGUGGCAAGUGAGGGCUCCCGGGCUCGGACCAGCGGAGCGAUGCCUCUGCGACUUGAUAUAAAGAGAAAGCUAACAGCUCGAUCGGAUCGAGUUAAGAGUGUGGAUUUGCAUCCUACAGAGCCAUGGAUGUUGGCAAGUCUUUACAAUGGCAGUGUGUGCGUUUGGAAUCAUGAAACACAGACAUUGGUGAAAACAUUUGAAGUGUGUGAUCUUCCUGUUCGAGCUGCAAAGUUUGUUGCAAGAAAGAAUUGGGUUGUGACAGGAGCGGAUGACAUGCAGAUUAGAGUGUUCAAUUACAAUACUCUGGAGAGAGUUCAUAUGUUUGAAGCACACUCAGACUACAUUCGCUGUAUUGCUAUUCAUCCAACCCAGCCUUUCAUUCUGACUAGCAGCGAUGACAUGCUUAUUAAGCUCUGGGACUGGGAUAAAAAAUGGUCCUGCUCACAAGUGUUUGAAGGACACACCCAUUAUGUUAUGCAGAUUGUGAUCAAUCCUAAAGAUAACAAUCAGUUUGCUAGUGCAUCUUUGGACAGGACCAUCAAGGUGUGGCAGUUGGGUUCUUCCUCACCAAACUUCACUCUGGAGGGACAUGAGAAAGGCGUGAAUUGCAUCGAUUACUACAGUGGUGGCGACAAACCAUACCUCAUUUCAGGUGCAGAUGACCGUCUUGUUAAAAUAUGGGACUAUCAGAAUAAAACAUGUGUACAGACACUGGAGGGACAUGCCCAAAAUGUGUCUUGUGCCAGUUUUCAUCCUGAGUUGCCAAUCAUCAUCACAGGUUCAGAAGAUGGAACCGUGCGUAUUUGGCAUUCAAGCACGUAUCGCCUUGAGAGCACGUUGAAUUAUGGAAUGGAGAGAGUGUGGUGUGUGGCCAGUCUGAGAGGGUCCAACAAUGUCGCUUUGGGCUAUGACGAAGGGAGCAUCAUUGUUAAGCUUGGUCGGGAGGAACCUGCCAUGUCCAUGGAUGCCAAUGGAAAGAUAAUUUGGGCCAAGCAUUCAGAAGUCCAGCAAGCCAACUUGAAAGCAAUGGGAGAUGCUGAAAUUAAAGAUGGGGAAAGACUGCCCCUAGCCGUCAAGGAUAUGGGCAGUUGUGAAAUAUACCCCCAGACUAUUCAGCAUAAUCCUAACGGGCGGUUUGUUGUGGUGUGUGGUGAUGGUGAGUAUAUCAUCUACACAGCAAUGGCAUUGAGAAACAAGAGCUUUGGGUCUGCCCAGGAAUUUGCAUGGGCCCACGAUUCUUCAGAGUAUGCAAUAAGAGAGAGCAACAGUGUUGUAAAGAUAUUUAAGAACUUUAAGGAAAAAAAAUCAUUUAAACCAGAUUUUGGAGCUGAAAGUAUUUAUGGAGGCUUCUUACUGGGAGUCAGAUCUGUAAAUGGCUUAGCUUUCUAUGACUGGGACAAUACAGAACUCAUACGCAGAAUUGAAAUUCAGCCCAAACACAUUUUCUGGUCUGACUCUGGAGAGCUGGUCUGUAUUGCCACUGAGGAGUCAUUUUUUAUCCUGAAAUAUCUGUCAGAAAAAGUCUUAGCUGCACAGGAAACACAUGAGGGAGUUACUGAAGAUGGCAUUGAAGAUGCCUUUGAGGUUCUUGGUGAGAUUCAGGAAAUUGUGAAAACAGGGCUGUGGGUAGGCGAUUGCUUCAUUUACACAAGUUCUGUGAACAGAUUAAAUUAUUAUGUUGGAGGAGAAAUAGUCACCAUUGCCCACUUGGAUAGGACAAUGUAUCUCCUGGGCUAUAUUCCUAAAGACAACAGGCUUUAUCUGGGGGAUAAAGAACUGAACAUUGUUAGCUAUUCUCUGCUGGUUUCAGUGCUGGAAUACCAGACAGCUGUCAUGAGAAGGGACUUCAGCAUGGCUGAUAAGGUUCUUCCUACCAUUCCAAAAGAACAGAGGACCAGAGUUGCACACUUUCUAGAAAAGCAGGGCUUCAAGCAGCAAGCUCUUACAGUAUCCACAGAUCCAGAGCAUCGCUUUGAACUUGCUCUUCAGCUUGGAGAACUGCACAUUGCAUACCAGUUAGCAGUAGAAGCAGAGUCAGAACAAAAGUGGAAACAACUUGCCGAACUUGCCAUCAGUAAAUGUCAGUUUGGCCUUGCCCAGGAGUGCCUGCACCAUGCACAGGAUUAUGGGGGUCUGUUGCUCUUGGCCACUGCCUCCGGAAAUGCUAGUAUGGUGAACAAACUAGCAGAGGGUGCAGAGAGGGACGGCAAGAACAACGUGGCAUUCAUGAGCUACUUUUUACAGGGCAAGCUUGAUGCUUGCCUGGAACUCUUGAUUAGAACUGGCCGACUGCCAGAAGCUGCCUUCCUGGCCCGGACUUACUUACCCAGUCAGGUUUCAAGGGUGGUGAAACUCUGGAGAGAAAAUCUUUCAAAAGUCAAUCAGAAAGCAGCAGAAUCCCUUGCUGAUCCAACAGAGUAUGAAAACCUUUUUCCUGGAUUAAAAGAAGCCUUUGUUGUGGAAGAAUGGGUGAAGGAAACACAUGCUGAUCUGUGGCCAGCCAAGCAAUACCCACUUGUCACGCCAAAUGAAGAAAGAAAUGUUAUGGAAGAGGCAAAAGGCUUUCAGCCCUCCAAAUCUGCAGCUCAACAGGAACUUGAUGGGAAACCUGCUUCUCCUACUCCAGUUAUUGUGGCCUCCCACACAGCCAACAAAGAAGAAAAGAGUUUACUCGAACUGGAAGAUCUGGAUAAUUUGGACUUAGAAGAUAUUGACACGACAGACAUCAACCUGGAUGAAGAUAUUCUGGAUGAUUGAGUGUAAUGUUUCUUGAGAACCCACUUCACAGAUCAUUAUUAUGGACAGGUAUUGAUUACCAUCCUGACCACAGUGCUUUGGACUCUGAGAAAUGUCUUAGAUUUUUAUAUGAAAAGGCUGUGUGUGGCCCACUGGGAGCACAGUGCUCUUCUCAUCUUAGGAGUGGUUUAUGUGCAGCAUCUAAAUCACUGUUUCCUUGUUAAGUAAACCAAAUGUGGGCUUUGAUUUUUUUCAUACUGUCAUUAGACCGUAUCUCAUAAAAUCUUUUGAAUUAAUGAAAA